ACAAUUUGUUCAAAGUUCAUUAAGUUUUCGAUUUUUAUUAUACCGAUUUUAUAGCUUUAUUUUUUUAGAAUAAUAGUGUCUUUUCAAUGUAUAAUUAUUAGUGAAUGAUGAUUUAUUUUUUACAGUAACAACUAUGAACUUAUAAAUUUUACAAUGUUUAAGAUAAAUGGAAACCAUUUAGCUUUUAUUGGUGUAACUGGAGCUGGAUUAGCAUUGGUAGCCUAUGUAUUAUUUGGUCCAUCAAAUAAACCAAAAUCAUCAAAAAAAAGUGGUUUUUGUGGAUUACAAAAUUUAGGAUCUACUUGCUAUUUAAAUACUUUAUUACAAUCACUUGCUUCUUGUCCUAUGUUUGUCGAGUGGUUAAAUCAACAACCUAAGUCUUCAACUGUAUCCUACACACUGAAUAAAACACUUAAAUUUUUAACAGGAGCUAGGUACAAUGAUGAUGGUAUACUUUCUCCAAUAGAAUUAGUAACUAUUUUAACUAAAGUUGGAUUUCAUUUCAAGCCAAACCUUCAAGCUGAUGUACAUGAAUUGUUUAUUCAUUUAUUUUCUGUGAUUGAAGAUGAAGCGUACAAGACAAGUUGUAGUUUAGCUGAUUGCUUAGAAACUAAUGAGAAUUUAAUAGAAAAAAGAAAUAUACAAAAUCCAAUGAAAAUUGUAAAUAAUGUUAGCAUUAAUGUAUACAAUCCAUCUAAAGCUGAAGGGAGUUUAUUAGAAAAUACAGCUGUAAUAUCUAAUAAUAUUCUUAAUAUAUCUGGAAACAUAGUCUUACAAAGCAGCAAGAAAUCAUUGGACAAAAAUCAAAAUGUUAAACCAGCCCCAUUUUUGGGUUAUCUGUCAAAUAAUAUAGAAUGUUCUUUAUGUCAUCACAAAUUAUCCUUAAAUUAUGAAAAAUUUUAUGUUAUAUCAUUGAAUUUACCCGAAUAUCCUCAACUGAAAAUUGAAUUAACAGAUAUUUUAGAACAGUAUAUCAAAAAGGAGAACCUAGAAAAUCUACCAUGUACAAACUGUGAUCAAAAUAAUACCAAAACAGAUGGCAAAUCAUACAUAAAGAGUGUCAAAUUUGGAAAACUACCUUCAUGUUUAUGUCUACACUUAGUAAGAACUCAAUAUUCUAAAGAUAGACCAUUAAAAAGAAAAGAUUUUGUGGAAUUUCCAGAAUAUUUACACAUGGAUAAAUAUACCAGUGUUUAUGACCAAUUAAGCAAAAUUAGGCAAUCUAGAGAAAGGAGUUCUUCUGAACCAUUAGAAAGGUUAAGAGGAAAUAAGUAUACAUACAGAUUAAAAGCUGUUAUUGUCCAUGCUGGUGAGCAUAAUACUGGUCAUUUUAGUACAUACAGGAGAGGAACCACAACAGAUCAUUCUAGACACAGGUGCAGUGAAACAAGAUGGUUUUUCACUUCUGAUGCACACAUUGAGGAAGUUACAUUACAACAAGUUCUACAAUCAGUUGUUUAUAUGUUAUUUUAUGAAAAAUGUGACACAUAACAAAUAUACUAGUUUAGAAGCAAAUUAAAAUUUUAAAUAGCAUAAUUUGUUUUUCAACUGAAGACUGCCUUUAUUAAAUAUCAAGACUUACAAUAGUUGUUUUCUUAUGUACACUGUACAGUAAUACUGUUUUGUUAUAAUGUACAUGUGUAUUAGAUUAUAAUUUGUUUAGAAAUUAAAUGGUUGUAUUAUUGUAUAAUAUUAUUCUAUUAAUAGGUUAAUACCUUCUUACAAUUCUUUUUUCUAAUAAUUGGUUACAGCUAAUGGUUAAGUGAACAUUUUGGAUACACUAUUAAUUAUUUGAUAUUAUUUUAUACCUAAAUAUUUAUGAAAUCAUACCCACAUGCAUUGUCUUCAUCUUACAAACUUAAACUAUAGCAAAUUUGUAUAAAGGUAAUAAUAUUAUCUAGGACAUUUAAUAGGCUUUUAAUAAUUUAAUUUUAAGUGAGUUUUAGUUAUAUAAAUAAAACUAUAAAAUAACUUACUUUAAAAUUAAUAAAUCAAUAAAAGCCUUUUAAACGCCUCAGAAAUAUUAAUCUUUAUCAAGUAUUUUAAGAUAUCAGUUAUUAAUUUUUGAGUUAUAUCAAAUAUGUAAAAAAUAAAUAUAAGUCGAUAAAAGUUUAGUUUGAAAAUUUCCAUUUUUUCCAAUGAUUUUAAAAAAUGGGAAUUUUUUAUUUUUUACCUACACCUUCUGAUCAACUCAAUUUUCAACUAGAUUUAAAUAGCAACUAAAAACUACCUGGGCUGAAUUUAGCAAAGGUUACUAUCUCUGAUUUCCUUUGACAGCAAUUCUUAAAAGGAUGGUAAUUUUGUUUACAUUUACAUUUGUAAUUACAAUUUCAAAAAAAAAUAUAUUGUUGGUAUUAAACAGUG